AUGGCCAGCCGGGGGUGGGAAACCGUAGAGGCUGAUAUCUCUCCCAUGAUCAUCCGCGGACAUGCGCUGGAACUGGCGCAGGGUCCCAAGGUCUGGCUCGAUGUGUUAUCCACCUACCCUCUGGGUCGACAAAAAAGGCCCAUUAUCAGGACAAAUAUUCAUACUGAAGCGCUGAGCCACCAUUACGGUGGGUUUAAUAUCACAAGAAUACGGGUUAAUAAAAACUGGCAGCCUUUCUCAGGUGUGCCUAAAUCACCAGAGAGACAGCCUCACCGGCCCAACCAUCCAAGCAAGAUGCCUUGA